ACCGCAGUGAUAGUUGAUUGUAAUAAUAUUUGAGAAAAUCACGAACGUUCGUAAAUUAAUUUAAAUUUUCAUAAUUAGGCCUACAUUGUUGUAUCUCGUGUUGUUUUGACGACGUAAACGCUGCCGGAAAUUGUUACGUCGUUCGAUAUUGUUUACGUUACGAAUCGGCUUCAGUCGCUGAAAACAAUGAUAAUCGAAAGCAACUUUAAUGUAACGUUUAAGUGAAUAUUGCAGUUUACUUUUUUUACAAGAUAAUCAUUUUUAUACACGUUUCCCAAUUCAGUCAUCUACUUCAUGAUGGAUUCGAAUUACGCUCCGCUGAGUCAAGCCUGUGUUAGGGCGUUAACUGAUAAAAUUUACGAAAAACGACGUGCAGCAGCCGUGGAAAUCGAAAAAAUGGUGAAGGAAUUUGCUGCUGUGCAGAAUACUGCUCAAAUCAGAAAACUAUUGAAAGUGUUAGGGCAACAGUUUGCCCGAUCUACGAAUUCUAAUAACAAGAAAGGUGGAUUGAUUGGACUAGCGGCUAUGGCAGUAGCUCUUGGAAAAGAUAGUGGCGAUUACAUUGAAGAUUUAGUCAUGCCUAUAUUAGUCAAUUUCAGUGAUUCUGAUUUACGAGUACGUUAUUACGCAUCAGAGUCAUUAUAUAAUGUGAUAAAAGUAGCCAGAAGUGCGAUAUUACCAUAUUUCGGUAAUGUUUUCCAAGCAUUGAGUAAACUAGCCGCUGAUCCCGAUCAAAAUGUUAAAAAUGCUUCCGAACUUUUAGAUCGUCUAUUGAAAGACAUAGUUACCGAAAACCCUUCUUUCGAUUUAGUAGCAUUUAUGCCUCUGUUAAGAGAACGAAUUUACACUAAUAAUCAGUUCGCGUGUCAGUUUAUUAUUUCGUGGAUUGCGACGCUCGUUGACGUUCCUCAUAUCGACAUGAUCUUAUUUUUACAAGAAAUACUCGAAGGAUUGUUUCGUAUUCUUGGAAAUCCGACGAUAGAGAUUAAAAAAAUGUGCGAAGGUGUUUUAAGUAAAUUUUUAAGAGCUAUAAAACAAGAUCCCUCCAGAGUCAAUUUUGCAGAAAUGGCGAAUAUUGUUACUGUCCAUGCUCAGUCGCAUGAUUUUGUUCUUCAGUAUAUUGCAUUGACGUGGGUGAAAGAAUUUGUUCAAUUAGCCGGAGUGGAAAUGUUACCAUUUACUUCUAGUAUAUUAGUAGCUAUUUUGCCUUGUUUAUCGUAUGAAAAUGAAAGUCAACUACAUAUAAAAGAAAUUGCUAGAACAAUCAAUUACAGCUUAUUGAAAUUGAUUUCUACCGAAGAAGAUUACGUACCAGAUGCUAAAGGAGACAAACGCGGUCCAUCUCAAGAUACAUCUAAAUUAGAGUUGCCUGCUGUUAUCGAAAUAUUAUCUAAACAUCUAAUCAACUCUUCUGUAGAAACCAAAGUAGCGGUUCUAGGCUGGAUUUUUCAAUUGCAUUUGAAAAUUCCUAAACGUAUGUUUCCUCAUAUCGAAGAACUAUUUCCAUUAUUUCUACGCACGUUAUCAGAUCCUUCGGAUAAAGUGGUUCAUUGUAAUUUGAAAGUUUUAUCCAAGAUCAUCUCAUUGCCUAGCUCAGAAAAAACUGAUCAAAUUGAUAAAUCGAAGACCAACAAUCCGUAUUUUGAUAAGUUCAUUAUUAGCUUACUAGAAGAAUUCAGACGAGGUGAAAAUACAUUAUUGAAAGACAGAGGAUCUUUUAUUAUAAGGCAGUUAUGUGUCCUACUAAACUCUGAAGACGUGUUCACAACCUUGGCUGUAAUAUUAUUGAACGAAGAUAAUUUAAAAUUCGCUAGUGUCAUGGUGGAGCACUUGAAUACAAUAUUGUUGACUUCUUCGGAAUUAUUUACUUUCAGAGUAAAACUGAAAGACUUGAAAACCGAAGAAAGCAAAGCGUUAUUUAAUACUCUGUACAAGACUUGGUGUCAUAAUCCGGUGGCUACUGUUGCGUUAUGUUUUUUAACACAAAAUUACGAACAUGCUUGUGAUAUUAUUAGAAUAUUCUCGGAUUUAGAAAUAACUGUCGAAUUGUUGGCCGAAGUCGAUAAACUUAUCCAGUUAAUUGAAUCACCUAUUUUUACUUAUUUAAGACUCGAGUUACUCGAAGUUCCUUAUAACCAUCAUCUUGUCUAUGCUCUGUACGGUUUGUUGAUGAUAUUACCUCAAUCUGAAGCAUUUCACGUUUUGAGACAUCGAUUAGAUUGUAUACCUAAGCUUCCACUGCAUCCUGAUAAUAAAACUGCUUUUAAAUCGAAAUCUGCUCAGAAAUAUGACAAUAAAUCGUUAUGUUUUGAUACCUUGCUCAAACAUUUUUCAUCGAUUCAAGAAAAGCAUAAAGUAUUCAAAAUGCAAGGCAAUGUUACUACACAAAUCCUCGAUCAUGACUUCGGUUUAUAGCAAAACGAAUUAUUACGACGAAGAUAUGUUUUUAUACUGGACCACUUGUUAUUAUUCAUGUUAAAUCAUUCCGAUUUACUUAUUCAGUUUUCUUUAUUAUCAUGUUUAUAUUACCAGUUUGUUUAAACUUUAAAGUAUAGCAUCUCAUUGUACUAUUCGUAUUCGUGUCUCAUUGCUUUUUUUUUGAUUAUUAAUGAAAAAUAUUAUCGUC